AUUGCACUGAAUGUACAAAAGACAAAGUCCACUCCAACAUCCUCAAGAGUCCUAAAGGCAGAAGAGACAUCUAAUGAAAGUUGUAGUGAAGGUACUUGCGAUACAGACGAUGAGAUAUCCUUCUUAUCAAGGAAUAUCCUCUCAAUGAUGAAAAAGAAGGGAGGAAUACGAUGGAGAAAAUACAGCAGAACUCCCAAAGAGAAAGCACAACCACUGUGCUUUGAGUGCAAGAAACCUAGACACUACAAAAUAGAAUGUCCAGAACUAGAAAAAGAAAAAGAAAAAGAGAAAAAGAAGUCGAUCUCCUAUAAGAAAAAGAAGGCAAUGAUGGCCACCUGGGAGGACCAUGAUACCACGUCACCUAAGGAUGAUGUAGAAGCAAACAUCUGUCUUAUGGCAGACACAGACUCAUCAUCAGAAUCUGAUGAUGAAGAGGUUUUGAAAUCUGGAGGAAAAUGGCUCAGCCAUUCAAAAGGGCUGAGCGGAUUCAAGCCAGAGAGCCUUCCAAAAGUGCACCAAACUGGAGGCGCUCAGCCACUCCAAGGCACUGAGCGAUUUUGGCCCUAGAAGAAGGAGUGCUCUCUGCCUCCUAGGCGCUUAGCGGAUCUGAGGCGCCCAGCCCCUUGUGCUUGCUUAAUAGUGAAGAAUCUCUAAGGCGCUCAGCGGGUCUCAGGGGCUCAGCCCUUCAGGUUACUUCAUGGUGAAGAAU